UUAAUGCAAGUAUAACCAGCAAAACGUGUGAUUUACAUAUAUAUAUACAGCGUGUAUGUAUGACGAGUGUGCGGUCCUUUUAAUAUUAUGUAAAUCGUGUUUUCGAAAUGACAUCAAGCAAACUUGUGCAAUAUGUAUAGACAGCUCUGUGUUUCCUUGGCGAGCCAACGGAGAGUAGAAUCGCCACACAAACCCGAUGACACGGCACUAGCAGUUCAUUGUAAGCUGACUAUCAGCGUUACACAUCCCUAUUGAAAAGUCAUAUUAUAUUGUAAAAGCCAUCUCAUCACGGAUCGAUGAUUGGAUAAGAGACAACAGAUAGGCGGAUCAGUCGAGAAAAGAGGACAGCCCAUUGUAUGUGUGUGUAUUGGGGUCGGAUUCACCAGUCCGCGAGACACAGACGUCCGCGCACGACCCGACACGCUCCACGUUUUAAAGCAGGGAUUGUAUAGGCCAGCUGUAAGUGAUUGAGAGCUGGACAUAGUUGGCAGAGCUCGUUAUGUAUCCCCGGUUAAACUAGGGCAAUCCUUCACUACACCAUGGACUUAGACCCCAAUCCGUCAAAGGGGACCGAUCUCCGCACAUCCCCCGGGCCUGGUAAGUCACACCGAUCUUCCCGGAGUCGGAGCGACAGUGAAGCGUCGGAUUCCCCUCGGGAGAGACGGAAGGAGAAGUACAGGGUCAAAGAUGACGAGGUAGUAGGGGCCAGUGACUCGCCAAGGUCGCAAAACAGGGCUGGGUUUGAAGGCCUGUGCCUUGGCCCCGGUGCGUAUGACAACUUGACAUUCAAGGACGACAACGGGCAACUGGAAUUAACCAAAAUUAGGGCCAAAGACGAACGAGCGAGAAUGAAUUCAAAAUCGAAAGUGUUACAUAAAAGUAACGAACGUUUAAUUGGCAAGGGAGGGAAUACCAAGGAGCACAAUGGGGUGAAUGGACAUGGCAAUAUUUACGAGAAAGCUCCGCGUUCACACGGGAAAUCCUCUACGCCAAAUGCAUCUCCAAAUAAGACAAGAACAUCGACGACGCCUUCUCCUUCCCAAGCGCCAAAAUCACAUUCCACGUCAUUCGACAGUAAACCUGCUGUAAAUGGUGACGCAGAGAUGAACGGAGCCCCGCCCCCCUCCCCGGGAGGAGUAGUUCCGGACACGCCGAGGAGCAUACAAAUCCCAGGGGACGGAAAUCUACAGAAUUUCUCUGUAGACGAGAUGAGUGUAUUCUUCCGCUGUAUGAAAGUUGACGAAUUAAUUAUCCAACGUUUAAAACGUAAAAAGAUGGACGGUAAACGGUUUUCUCGUCUCAAAGAUACGGACCUGGAGGAAAUCGGUAUAAAAAAUCCUAUAAUGUCGUACUUCCGGGACAGAAGCAAGAGGCAGCGAAUGGGAUUUAUGUUAUGACAUCGCGGAAGAAUAUGUAAUUUCGAGCGGAGGGAUAUGAAACACGUCACUGGGCUACCACAAAGUGCAUAACCGUUGGAAUCAUGCAGGCUGGAUACAAUUUCGAGCCUCUUUAUUUUUAGAAAUUGAAAGCAUUUUGUUGAACAUGCAAUAACAGAACAGAUGGAUGGGUGCUUGUUAAAUGAUAGUCAUGAAUGUAUAGACAGACAAAUGAUCGAAAAUGUUUGAGUCAAGGGUUGUGAAUGUAUAAAUACAUGUACAUAACAGUCCAAAAGUGUUUUGCAGAGUAUUUUCACGUGGAUUUUAUUCCAUAAAUAUAAAAAUGCGUGCGUGUUAGGCAGUAUAAACUCGUUAUGCACCAGAAGUAUACGGUCCAAUUUUCAUUUCUGUUUUUAAAAAACAUGUGCUGGAGGCUACAAUAGUUAUAUAGAAUGUUCCGAAUACGUAUAACUAUACAUGUAUGUGAUGUACUCAAAUAAUGGAUCCGUACAAAUAAUUCAUCAGCUGUGACCGGAAUCAUCGAUCUUGAGACUACUCUAUGACGUAACCGAUGCAAGGGGUUAGUUGUUAGAAACAGCUCAGUAUGACUGAAGUCUCUGGUAGUUAGUAAGUACUAGGCCGCUAUAUUAAAAGGUUAGUCAUAUGAUAUUUAAAGCACAACCAGUAUUUCUAUUAAUAUAUGACACAUCAUAUAAGUUAGCAACGUUGGAAAUUUGCAAAAUUUGUUAAACCAGAUUAGUGGUUUUAGGCGUGAUGUCACAUUAUUGGGAUGAAGGACUUCGGUGUCAACUGGACUCGCUGGUCAUCAGCCAGGAACGGACAGGUGACUGACUCGCUGGUCACUAGUUAGGGACAGAUAGGCGACUGACUCGCUGGUCAGCAAACAGGAACGGACAAGUGACGGACCCGCUGGUCACCAGCCAGGGACGGACAGGUGACUGACCUGCUGGUCACCAGCCAGGGACACAUAGGUAACUGACUCGCUUGCCAACAGCCGCCAGGGACGGACAAUUGACGGACCCGCUGGUCACUAACCAGGGACAGAUAGGUGACUGACUCGCUGGUCACCAGCCAGGGACGGACAGGUGACUGACUCGCUGGUCACCAGCCAGGGACGGACGGGGAACGGGCUAGCUGAGCAUCAACAAGGGGCGUUCAGUUGAUGGACUCGCUGCAGUUCAUACUCCAGUAUCCGGGCCGAGAAGUAAUAACGUGAAUCGAGUGUGCACCGCAACAUAUUUAUUCCAGGGUGAUCAGUAUGUUUAUAAGAGAAACAUGAUCAACCGUUGUCACGAACUAUUGUAUUAGUAUUGAUAUAAUAUUCUACCGGCCGCAACCAGGGUUUGUGAUGUCAGAUUAUCUUCUCGUUGCAUUUUAGAGUUGAACGAAUUGAUUCUUGCCAUAACAAGGAAGCGUAUCUGUGUUUGUGUUAGGAUUAGGAGAGAGAUGCAAGCGAUGAUUCCAAAUAUGGAAAUAACAUACAGCAGAUCGUAAACAAAGUAUAUAAAUGAUAGAAUAUU